AUAAGAUGUCAAAUAGUAUCCAUUUCCGGUAUUAAGUGCUAAUUUCCGUUUUUCCCAAGAUGGCUGCGCGCGUGGUGCUGUCUGCAUGUCGAUUCGCCGUUUUCUCUGGAGCUCCUGCGCGUAGCCUGAGGAUAUCAAAAUGGCCAAACCCUACAGCUCGCUUCUGUCCUCUCCUGCUCAGGGGCUACGCUGCAGAUGCAAAGAAAACAUAUGUGAGGGACAAACCUCACGUAAACAUCGGCACCAUUGGUCACGUAGACCACGGCAAGACCACGCUAACAGCUGCCAUUACUAAGAUAUUAGCAGAAGCUGGUGGAGCAAAGUUUAAGAAGUAUGAGGAAAUUGACAACGCCCCUGAGGAGAAGGCCAGGGGAAUCACCAUAAACGCAUCACAUGUGGAGUAUACCACAGCAAACAGGCACUAUGCGCACACAGACUGCCCAGGACAUGCUGACUAUGUGAAGAACAUGAUCACAGGCACAUCUCAGAUGGACGGCUGUAUCCUGGUGGUAGCAGCUACUGAUGGACAGAUGCCACAGACAAGGGAACACCUUCUGCUUGCCAAACAGAUCGGUGUGAAGCACAUUGUUGUGUUCAUUAACAAAGCUGACGCUGUGGAUGACAAGGAGAUGUUGGAUUUGGUAGAGCUGGAAGUGCGAGAGCUGCUGACAGAAUUUGGAUACGACGGGGAGAACACGCCGGUUAUCACAGGAUCCGCUCUGUGUGCACUCGAGAAUAAGAAGCCUGACAUUGGGCUGAAUUCCAUCAUGAAGCUUCUAGAUGCUGUGGACACUUAUAUUCCUGUCCCUCCUCGAGAGCUGGAAAAGCCCUUCUUAUUGCCCGUUGAGGCCGUCUACUCAAUUCCAGGCAGGGGGACAGUAGUAACGGGAACCUUGGAGAGAGGGGUGGUUAAGAAAGGUGAUGAAUGUGAGUUUGUUGGCCGGAACAAAUACAUCAAAUCUGUGGUUACAGGUAUUGAGAUGUUCCACCAAAACUUGGACCGUGCAGAGGCUGGAGAUAACCUGGGUGCGUUGAUAAGGGGCUUAAAGAGAGAGGAUGUGCGCCGUGGGAUGGUUAUGUGCAAGACUGGGUCCAUCCAACCCCACCAGAAGAUCCAAGCUCAGGUGUACAUCCUCAGUAAGGAGGAAGGAGGGCGGCAUAAGCCGUUUGUUAGUAACUUCCUGCCUGUCAUGUUCUCCCUGACAUGGGACAUGUCCUGUCGGGUCACCCUUCCUGCUAAUAAGGAAAUGGUGAUGCCUGGAGAAGACUCCGCCCUCACCCUGACCCUGCGACAGCCUAUGGUUUUAGAAAUUGGUCAGCGAUUCACUUUGCGUGAUGGGAACAAGACUAUAGGUACAGGUCUGGUCACAGAUAUUCUGCAGAUGAAACCGGAAGAUGAGACAAACUGGGGGAGCUGAAUCUCACAAUACCGAACUUUUGGGGGGUGGUUGGUUCUAUUGGACAAAAUAACGGAGAAACAGCCAGGAGCAGCACUUAUGGCAACCUGCCCCGUCACCCUAUCCUCUCCCCCUCUUACCACUGUAAAAUAUUCCCUUUCCCAAAUCCAAGCUCUGGCAAUUAGUCUAUAAUAAAUACUGUUUGUAA